UACAACUACUAGUAAUAUAAAAGUGCUCGUAAGAAGGAAAAAAAGUAUGAAUAGAUUUUAAAAGAGGAAUAGGUGGUCUUUCCCCGCUAAGAAGAAAAAGAAGCAAAGGCUAGCUUAGCUAGUAGCAGCAAGUGUAACAGUUACUCACUGGCACUUGUGCCGUCCCUCAAGUGCAUCAUCCAUUUCCGAGAGAAGAGCAUCGGCAUAAUGUUCUAACUAAAACCCUAGUCAUCAAAUCUAGGGUUUUCCCCAACAUGUCUCUCUAUCUAUAGAUUGAUAAUUAGGGUUUUGGCUUUGGGCUGGUUGUACCAAAUGGAGGCGGCAGUGGUCGAUGCUGGAUCCAAGCUCCUCAAGGCGGGACCCGCAAUCCCAGAUCAGGCUCCCUCCAUGAUAAUUCCUACUCAAAUGAAACGCAUGAUUGAAGAUGGAUCCUCAGCUGAUAAUUCACUGGUUGAAGAUGUCACUGUUGAUCCUGUUGUGCGAGGAUUCGUUAGAGACUGGGAUGCCAUGGAAGAUUUGUUGCACCAUGUUCUAUACACUGGCCUUGGAUGGGAAGUUGGGAAUGAAGGACAAAUCUUGUUUACUGAUCCACUUUGUACUCCCAAGGCUGUCAGAGAACAACUAGUGCAAUUGCUAUUUGAAACUUUUAAUGUCUCGGGAUUUUAUGCGUCAGAGCAAGCAGUGUUAUCUCUGUAUGCUGUCGGGCGUAUUUCAGGUUGUACUGUUGAUAUUGGUCACGGGAAGAUAGACAUAGCUCCGGUACUUGAAGGUGCUGUCCAACAAAUUGCCUCCAGAAGAUUUGAAAUUGGAGGUAUUGAUUUGACAAAGUUACUUGCUCAAGAGCUCGGUAAAAGUAAUCCUAUGGUGAACCUCAGCAUCUUGGAUGUUGAGAAAAUAAAAGAGCAGUACUCAUGUUGUGCUGAAGAUGAAGUUGCUUAUAACAGAACCGUUAAAUCAUGUGAGACCGAGGAACAUACCCUCCCUGAUGGACAGGUUAUAAGAAUUGGAAGAGAAAGAUAUACUGUUGGUGAGGCAUUGUUCCAACCAUCCAUAUUGGGUUUAGAAGCUCAUGGAAUUGUUGAGCAGCUCGCUCGUAGUAUUUCAACAGUUUCUUCUGAGAACCAGAAGCAACUGCUAGAAAAUACUGUCCUUUGUGGCGGGACUACUUCUAUGAUUGGUUUUGAAGAUAGGUUCCAGAAAGAAGCAAGCCUGUGCUCAUCAGCUAUCCGUCCUUCUCUGAUAAAGCCUCCGGAGUAUAUGCCAGAGAAUUUGACAAUGUAUUCAGCAUGGGUGGGAGGUGCAAUUCUUGCCAAAGUGGUGUUUCCACAAAAUCAACAUGUAACGAAGGCAGAUUAUGAUGAGACUGGACCUUCUGUUGUUCAUCGAAAGUGUUUUUGAUUAAUUUUACUUGCGUGAGCUAAGUUCUUGUUCGCAGCUUUCUGUCUGUAUUAUAUUAUGAUACUAAUGGCUGUAGAAAAACCUGAAAUAAAAAAUUGUCUUUAACUGGUAAAGGAAAUUGCACACCUAAUGUUACUGAUAUCAGUGUAUGUGAGUCGGUACUCUUUAAUUUCAAGGAUCAGCACUGGCUUGCUUCAAUUUAUCAAGUUCAUCAAAAUUGCUGUGUGCAACCUUCAUUACAGAGGACUUUUUCCUCUGCUUGUAUAUGAUUCUUUUUGCCUUGAACGUAUAUUUUAUGGUGGGCUAAUAUAUAUGAUUGUGAAGAGCCCGUAAAUGAAUCCAUUUGAUAGUACUCUCUGCUGCUUUAUUGUUGUAAUUGAAAAUAAAAUAAAUUUUUUGAAGGCGUUGAUUUGAAUGCUUCGCAG